GUUCUAUCGAAGCAGGCCUGGCGCGGCUCUCGGCAACAAGUGGCAAAUUGUUGAGUGCGGCGGUUAUUUCGAAUUUUGAGUUUUAUUUCGUACGUUUUGCUUGGAUUAAUUUCCCGUUUAUUUAUCGCGCUUUGGUUAAUUGUCAUUGUUGCGGGAUGCCCGACAGUGCUGCUUGCUGAAUUCAACUGUUUCUUUUUUGAAAAAUGUUUAAUUUCAAAAUCGCGUAUGAAAAUUUUAGUUUUUCGAGUGGUCAAUUUUUUAUUUGUCGGCGUCUGGUGAGACAUCGGGGGUCAAAUAGAUAGGAGAUCGGCUUUUGAAGAAAAAAAAUUCGUUUUCGUGCUCGAUAUAAAACAGUGUUGUUCGAUAAAAAUGAAGUGCGUGUCCACAUUGUCCUGCAUGGUGGUCACUUUUAUGCUGACCAUAAUAGUUUUGGUAUGGAUUCAGUUCGGUGACAGCUCAAAAUACGAAAAACAAAACCAAAAUGAAAAUAUUUCGGCAGUACAAUUCAAAGAACCAGACAAAGAUGAAACCACCACCAAAAGACCGAAAGAAUAUGUAGAAACAACUCAUCUAGAUGAGGGGGGCGACGUAGAACUUGUAAAACCCCUAAAAGUCAGCCCACCACCCCUGAAUGAUCAUGACAUAAUUUUUGAACAAAUGCACAACCAAAAAACAGAAGAUGUACCAACUUCGAAACACCACAGCGGCCAUUUUAGGCACAAAAUGGCUGAAGUUUGGGACCCUUAUCCGAGAUACGAAAUUUACGCUUUUGGGGAAAAAUUACUUCUCGAAUUGUCACACGAUUCCAAAUUCUACCAUCCAGACUUACAGAUUAUAACCCAUCAUCAUGACAACUACACCGAACGCUCGAGACAUGACCCCAAAAUGGCGGCAUGUUUUUACUCGGGAACUGUCAACAAAGACCCAGAUUCCGACGUUGCCGUAUCUCUGUGCCACGGAAUGACUGGGUAUAUUAAAACCUCAAAACAAGCUUUUCACAUUGAACCGGCAGAAAAAUUCCACAACAACACCAUUGGAAGCAUUUUGCACAGAAUUCAUAGAAUUCAUCUCACCCCACAGGCUUCAAAUGAAAUUUUCGAUCACAACGUGUCUGAAGAAAAUGUCGAACACGGUACCGUGAUCACGGACCACUUUCCGGAAGAGACGCGUAGCCAUCACGUCAUCAACAAACGCGACGUGACCUUCGACGAUCUUGACACCGAUAGCUCGAUCGAUAGCCUCCACCGAGGCGAGCACGAACUCGUCCCGAUGAAACCCGAACCGGUGCGAUCGGCUAGACACGCCGUAUGGAACGCCGAGGUCCAAAAGCGCUCUCACGAGCACUUCGUUGAGGUUAUGUUGGUGGUGGACAAAAGCAUGAUGGAUUACCACAGGACCGAGGAGGAGCUCCACCACUACAUCAUGACGUUGAUGAAUCAUGUUACUCAUCUAUUUAAAGACGUAUCUGUAGGCAACUCGAUCAGCGUUAAUUUAGUCUAUAUCCAUAUUUUGAAGCAUAAGGUUUUUAAUUAUGAUCAUUCUUCAGACCUUUUGCGACAAUUUUGUCGCUGGCAAAUAAAGAACACCAUCAAAAACCACGACGUUGCCUUUUUGUUGACCAGGAGUACAAUAUGCACAGGGGCGGAAGACUGCAGAUUCCUCGGCGUAGCCGAAGUAGGCUCGAUGUGUAGCGAAAAAAGUUGCGCUAUUGUUUUAGACAAAGGUCUGUCGACUUCGUAUACCAUCGCUCACGAAUUGGGACACGUUUUAAGCAUGCCCCAUGACAAUGACAUAAGAUGUAAUGAGUUCAACAAAGGUCAAGGUCACUUGAACAUAAUGAACAAUGUAAUGAAAAACGACACAAAGCCCUGGAUGUGGUCCAAAUGCUCGCGACAUUUUUUGUCGGAAUUUUUGGAAACUCAGAAGGCAACUUGCCUCACAAAUCCCCCCGAAAAGGAGUUUAAAAACACGGGAGUUUUCAUGUUACCGGGGGAAGAGUUCGAUGUUAACCGACAGUGUGAGUUGGAGUUUGGAGAGGGGAUGAGCGUGUGUCCCUACAUGAUAACUUGUAUAAGCCUUUGGUGCCAGGAUACUAUAUUAGGGGAUAGGGAGGGAUGUAAAACAUCUUCUAUGCCUAUGGCAGAGGGCACCAAAUGUGGGGAAAACAAAUGGUGUUUUCAAGGGGAGUGUACUAGUAAAAAUAGAGAACUGUUGAUACCUGUUCAUGGAGGGUGGGGACCCUGGCAAAGAUGGGGCCCCUGCAGUAGAUCCUGCGGUGGCGGCGUGUCGCGUUCAGUACGGUCCUGCAAUAAUCCCGCACCUGAAAACGGAGGAGAUUUUUGCACGGGCAAAAAAGUCAAACAUAUGUCCUGCAAUACUCAGGACUGCGAUCCAAAGGAACCAGAUUUUAGAGCCCUACAGUGCGCAAGAUUCAACGGUAUCACGAAAAAUUUGCCCAACUUGACCAAUGAAGUGGAAUGGAUCCCAAAGUAUGUUUUAGACAUACGAGAAGACCUGUGCAAACUCUACUGCAGACCAAAAAGCUCAAAUGCUUUCUACGUUUUAAAAGAUAAAGUCGAGGAUGGAACAAAAUGUGGGCUCGCCAGUUUCGACAUUUGCGUCAAUGGUAUUUGCAAGUCUGCUGGUUGCGACAACCAGUUGGAUUCCAGCCUUACUUUGGAUGACUGCGGGGUUUGCGGUGGUGACAACAGUAAAUGCGAGAAAAUUACCGGGGUGUAUAAUAGAUCUCUCACGGGGUACAAUAAGGUUGUGAGAAUACCGAAAGGUAGCUCCAAUAUUGAAAUUUUGCAGCAUUCCGAUACCGACCAUUCCGACAGCAACUACUUAGUUCUUGUGGAUGGAGAAACUGGUGACUAUGUCCUGAACGGAAAGCACUUGGUGAUGAAGGACCAACAAGACCUCUUCUUCGGCGGGAUCAUAAUAAACUAUACGGGGUCCGACGUGGCGAUAGAAAAAAUUACGUCGCCCCGCCAACGAAAGUUGGAAAAAGACCUGUUGAUCGAAGUUUUGGCGGUUGGACACGUAACGCCAGCAAAUAUAUCGUACAGUUACUACAUUAACUCUGACAGUGCUCCUAGAUACGCGUGGAGGUUGUAUCAAAAGCAAUGGACGAAAUGCGACUCCAUAUGCAGCGGUACGCAAGAAAUUAGACCCAUAUGCGUGGAAACGUCCAGCGGUAGCCCAGUGGACGAUGGGCAUUGCGACAACCUGGACCGGCAACAUUUUGCGCAACAAAGACCGUGCAACACGCAUUGUCAGUUUACGUGGAACAAUGUCACGACAGGACCUUGUUCCAACCAUUGUGGACCAGGUUAUCGCGAAAUUACUUACAACUGUCUGAAGGUCGAGAUGCGUAAAAAAGCGUAUAGCGGAUACGGUCAGCACGCGUCAGCUGGCAGAAGUGAAAUUGUAGAUGAGAGAUACUGCAGCCAAGUUUUGGCCAAGCCUCCCCUGAUGGAAACCUGCAAGGGUUCCUGUCCUCAGACGAGGUGGGAGUACAGUGAUUGGUCGGAGUGCUCUCAAACUUGCGGUGGAGGAGUUCGGCACAGAUCGGCCCGGUGUUGGGAUCAAGAGGGCAAAGAAAUCGACGAAUCCAACUGCUACUCGGAUCAAAAAAUCACCACGCAGCAGUGCAACCCACAAAAGUGCCCGUACUGGCAGGAAAGCGGCGAAUGGAGCCCAUGUUCUACGACUUGCGGUAGAGGUUUCAAAACCAAACGCUACUACUGCCUUGUGGAUCGCAGGGUUUUCCCUCAUUCUUACUGCGAUCAGUCGACUUUGCCCAACGAAAGGGAGGAGUGCAACGAGAGACCUUGCAAUGUCAGUUGGACUACCACAGCUUGGGGCGAGUGUUCUGCCACCUGUGGAGAAGGUAUUACGAGGAGGGGGGUUUAUUGUCAACAGGAUAACGAAGUACAUGGAGAUGAACAUUGCCGCCAAAUUUUGAAACCCAACGAUACAUCUGCUUGUUUCUUAACUGAAUGUUACCCUUAUGAUGAUUAUAACUAUGGGGACUAUGGUGAUAACGAGAUAGCUAGUUACACUUGGAAAACAUCAGCAUGGACAAAGUGUUCAAAAUCUUGUAACGGAGGUAACCAGACUCGUCACGUGUUCUGCGAAGAUUCUUUCGGCGAAAAGGUGCAAGAAGAAUAUUGCAACAACGAGGAAAAACCGCAAUCGCUGGCUCCGUGCAACACGCACCCAUGUCCGAAGUGGAUAUUCGGCGGUUGGAGCAACUGCAACUCAAACUGCGAGCAGAUGCGACAAGUCAGCUGCCAAAAUUACACGGGUAUUUUCGUGCACGACGAGCAUUGCGACAGAGUGAAGAAGCCCGACACGGUUCAAAAGUGCAAACCGCACCAGUGUUCCUACUUGAACGAGGUGCAGAACAGAGGGGAACAGUCGAGGUUCAAGUGGAAGGUUGGAAAAUGGAAACAGUGCGACAACAAAUGCGGCCGCGGGUACCGCCGUCGAACCGUAGAGUGCAGAGACACGCUCAACAACUACACUCUGGUGGAUAGUUUUUGCAACUUGAAGCGGAAACCGAAGCACCAGCAGCCCUGCGAACAGUACCACUGCAAGAUGGCCUGGAUACAAGGCUACUGGUCAGAAUGUUCUCAAAGCUGCGGGAAUGGCGUUAAGACUAGGAACGUAUCUUGUCAUAGAAUAUUGCCUGACAGUGUCAUACACCCAGAACCACUUGAUGAAAAUUCCAUUAGGGACCCUAGGGAUUUUUGUUCUUCAGCCAAAAGACCUUCGAAUUUGACGACAUGUUUGUUGAGAAAUUGCCACGACGAGUAUUAUUGGAUACCUGGUCCUUGGUCGGAAUGUCAAGGACGAUGUGGAACUAACGAGAAACAAAUAAGGAAAUUGUAUUGUGUUAAAAGGGCUAACAAUAAAAAAGUGGCUAGGAAGUAUUGCUCGAUAAAAUUGAAGCCCAUUCGUAAAAGGAAAUGCCCUAGAAAACCAUGUGUUUACAGGAGUUGUAAAGAGAUAAAACAACACAAGAAUACGAAGGAGAAUAGGGAUUAUACGAUAAAUAUUGGCGGUAGAUUGGCCAGUGUUUAUUGUUUUAAAAUGGACACACAUUACCCUGAGGAAUUUAUAACAUUGCAACCAAACCCCAGAAAUUACGCCGAGUUUUACGAUAAAAGGUUAUUAAAUUUAGCAACUUGUCCAAACAAUGGUGAAAGAAGGGAUAAUUGUCAAUGUGACACCAUAGGAAAGGGAAGAUCCGGUUUGACAACUUUUUGGAAGGUUAGAGUCAACAUUACCACCCUUAAAAUUAUAGAGGACGAUUUUACAUUCUCGAACAGCAUUAAAGGCACUAGUAUUCCGUACGGUUCUUCGGGAGAUUGCUACAGUUCCUUAAGAGGUUGUCCACAAGGGAGGUUUUCCAUAGAUUUAACUUUGACGUCAUUUAAACUUGCCCGUGACGUGGAGUGGGUCAACAUAGGAAGCAAUGCCACAUCGCGUAUAUACAUUAAUAACGAAAAAACCAUCGUGGAAGGAAAAUGCGGUGGUUACUGCGGAAAUUGCGUUCCCAACCCACAAACCGGUCUAAAAGUCGAGGUGACUUAACAAUAACGAAAAAAAAAUAAAUAGAACUCAGCAUUUUAAACGGAAAACAAGCUUUAAUAAUUCAGUAUUAUGCCAUACUAUAUUUAAAAAAACAACUGCCCAUCGUGUAGGAUGACUUAAAAAAUUCGAUGUAUGGUAAUGCGUCGCAAUAGUGCGCAACCUUGCGCAACCUUGCCCCACCUUACCUUACCGUACGUUUUUUAGUAGUGCAAUUUAGUUUAGCUCUGUUUAGUUGUAGAAUAAUACCUAACUAAAAUUUGAGAUUCAUGACAACCGACUAACUGCGUAAAGUGCACUUUUUCCAUGACGUUUCAUGAAAAAUAUUUGUGCUCGACAUAUACGGUAAAGUAGGUAGUUAUCGGACAUUUUAUAGUUAUUGGACAUCUAACAUUAAUACUGUCUAUAAAUAGUUACCUUAAAGUCAAAUACUUUGGUGGUAAGAUUUUUGUUUUUUUGUUAAGAGCAGGGCUGUGUCUAAAUUACAAUAAAAAAUAUUUCUAAAAAAUGUACAGAUCAGUGUGUGGUAUAAAUGGUUCCUCACGGUUUAAAAAUUGUCACUUUAAUGCGUUUUAAUUUUAAUUCUGAAAACAAACAGUAAAAUGGCCAGUGUCCAAUUACUGGUUGGUAAAAAAUGUAAAUUUCUUUUAUUGGACGUAUGUCCAAUAUCAUACUCUAUUUGUAUUCCGGACAUUAACCAGCCAAUUCUUAUGUAAAAUUGUCCCCUGAAUCCGAAAAGACCGUCAAAAACUAUAAAAGUUAAGCAGUUUUUGAGAUAUAGUCUAUUCCAUAUUAAAUGUAAAAUUGAUUAUGUUUCAAAAACUGUUUUACUUUUAUAACUUUUGACGACAUUUUCGGAUUCAGCGAAUAAUAUUUCAUAGGAAUUGACUGCUAAAUGUCCCGGAUACAAAUUGCUGUUGACGAGAAUUAUUAGUGGCUGCUUUUUCGCUGUGACAUUUUUGACUAAUUCAUUUUUAGAGAGUGAUUUCUUUGUCACAGGACAUCUUGCAGAAUAACAGUGCAUGAUAGAGAACAUAAAAACUAAUGGCAACAAAAUUAAUAAAUUCGGAAAAUACUUUUAACAUACCACCCGAAAAAAUAUUGGAUAUAAAUAAAUCAUCCUGUUCCGGCCUAAACAUUAUAAAUGCUUCACAAACUAGAGAUACCACACUUAAUGAUAUUUGCAACAAACUAUUUCAGAAGUCAGACCAAGGAAUUAGUAGUUUCAGAAUCCAGAAAAGGGAUGAGGAAUCCAAAAAUGUCCAAUAACUAUGGUCCAUGUGUCCAAUUACUAUAUAAAAUGUCCAAUUACUAUACUUUAUACCUCUAUAAUAAAAAAAAUCAUCCCAAUGUAAUUUUUCCAUGACAUUUCCUCGUUACCUCAGCGUUUGCGGAAUAUUCUUAGUUUUCUAUUGCAUUUUUCGUAACUAAAGGCUUGUUUUCACAAUAAUAUACUGCCAAACAUUUGUACAAACUAUCAUAAUUUAUCUUUAAAAAAAGCAAUGCUUUCUGGUAAAAACAGCGUACGAAAUGUGCACUACUACAACUCCGUGUCUGAGCUGACAAAUGUAGUUUUCUUACUGCCUGCUUUUCCGAUUGGUGCACAUAACGUACGUUGUUUUUGAUAGAAGUAAUUAUAAGGGUAAUGCUCUUUAUAUCUCAUAUUGAGACCUUAAAUGUACAGUACCGUAGUAGAGGGGUUAUAUUUUUUAAAUUAAUUCAGAAGCUUUAUCCGUAUGUAUAGCGCCGAUUUGUAAGUAAAAUAACAAUUUUUCGAAAGCGACUUUCAGAAAAUGAACGAUGUGUUCUUAAAUUUUUCGUAUUACGAACCUAACUGCCAAUUUUCUGCGAGUCUGUCUUUUUGAAGUAAAAUGUAUAUUAUUUAUUUUUCCUUACUGCCUGAUUGUUUUUUAAUUGUAUAAUCUUAUUUAUUUUUUAACUAAUAAGUAGAUAACUUAUUUUUGUAAGUAAAGUAAUAGUUAAGGUUUAAUUUUUACUAUCUAUCGAAAGACUGUCUUAAAACUUAUUUUAAUACUCAAUAAUUUUUAAAAAAGCUGGUAUUUAUUCAAAAUUUAUUAUUUAUUGUAAUUUUUGUUAUUGUGAAAUUAUAAAUUUUCUAUGUAA